GUUUACAACAACAACAACAACAAAACUAUACAUUUAGAUUCAAUUCUUUCUCAUUAUUCACCAUUAUCAUCAUCGGAUCAUUAUAACCGCAUCAAAUCAUCAUCAUCAUUACCGGCAUCAUCAAUUUUAUCCGGUUAUUAUCAUUCACAUCAUAAUGUUGGUCAACAACAACAACAACAAAAAAUAUUCCUAAAUGAUAAAAAGCUUCAAUUUAAGUGCCUAAUUAUUUUAAUAAUGAAAAAAACGGUUAAAAAUUUCAAUCAUUAUCAUCAACAUUCACAUCCGAAUCAUUUUCGACGACGACGACGACGACAACAACAACGACCACAAAUAACCAUUGAAACAACAAGUUUUCUAUUAUCAUCAUUAUGGUUAUUUUUUUUGUUAUUCAUAAUAAUAAUAUUUCAACAAUUUCAUCAAAUCAAUUCAACUAGUAUUAAACUAAAAUCCGAUUCGGACAAUGCCAAAAAUCAUCAUUUAUAUCAACGAAGAAUUGACAAUACCAGUUAUAAUGCUAUAAUAAAUGGUGAAAUAGCAUUGCCUUGUAAUAUAACAUCACCAACAUUUGAUGAUGGUGUAUCAUUAGUAUUAUGGUAUCGUGAUGAUAUUGCAACACCAAUAUAUACGGUUGAUGCAAGACAAUCAACAUCAUUAGAAAAUGCACAACAUUUUCUACAUACAGAUAUAUUUGAUCAACGUGCAACAUUUAAUAUUAGCUAUCCAUUAGCAUUUUUAUUAAUCAAACAUGUACGAUCAAAUGAUGGUGGUGAUUAUCGUUGUCGUGUUGAUUUUCGUCGUGCUCGUACUGUAAAUCGUAUAUUAAAAUUAACCGUUAUUGUGCCAACAACAUCUGUUAUAAUUUAUGAUCAAAAUUUUACAAUCAUUGAUAAAAUUGCCGGUCCAUUUGAAGAAGAUUCAACACAAAGCCUUAUCUGUGAUUCAAAUGAAGGUAAUCCAUUACCUGUUGUACAUUGGUGGCGUGGUUCAAAUCUAAUCGAUAGUGAUUAUUAUAUAAUAAAUAAUAGUAUAUCAAGAAAUGUUUUAACAUUAAAUAAUUUAACACGUAAUGAUUUACAAUUAUCAUUAACAUGUCAAGCAUAUAAUACAAAUUUAACAAUNCUUAUAAGUCCACACUUCCACUUUAUGAACUUAUAA